AAUACGGUAAGAUCUAAAUAUAAUGUAUCUAUUUUACAGGCUUACGGUUGAGUUAGGCAGAUGUAUAAAUAAAUAAAUAAAACUAAUAGGUAUUUUACAGUCUGAGUGGGAGUCCAACCGUUGAAGCAGUGGCGUGUUGAGCAAAAGAAGAGUCCAAGAAGGGAAAAAGAUAAAAGAUAAAAGAAAGAAGAUGCUGAAAGGAGUGUUCAGCCGGCAGAAGCAGUCGCGUCCGUUCAAGGAGUACUACGUGGAGUGGGUAAGCACGCUAAAGAACAACCUCCUCCCCCUUCUCCGGCGGUCGAUAGGCGGCGAGUCCCCGACGAUCCUUUCGACCCACGUGGAGAUGGUCCACCAGCACUUCCAAUCGUACUACUACGCCCUGGACGCCGCCACCACCUCAGACCCCUUCCAACUCCUCUCCCAAGAGUGGCGCAACUCCCUCGAGAAGCCCCUCCUCUGGCUCGGCGACCUCCACCCCCUCCUCUUCACCCACCUCGCCCGCUCCUUCCUCCGCGAAGACUCCCCCUCCGACACCGACACCGACACCGACACCGACGCCUCCUCCUCCCACCACCGCCCCUGGCAGGUCGCCCUCGCCUGGCGCAACCCCUCCGACUCCCUCACCGCCCGCAUGGACCAGAUCGACUGCGGCCUCCGCCUCAUCGUCCCGACCCUCUCCGACCGCCUCAAGCGCGCCGAAGACGCCUUCGUGGACCGCGUCGUACCCGAUUGGUUCCGCUCCCGCCACCGCAAGGACGCCGCGAAGGUGGCCCUGGGCGCCGACUUUAAGGAGCACAUGGAGGAGGUGGUUAGCGCUUUCCUCUACGCCAACCGGCUCAGAAGAAACGUCCUUCUUGACAUCAUGAGCGCCACCAGUGUUUACCAGGCCGCCCUCUUUCUUGAGGGCCUGGCCCAAUUCCUUAUUGGGUUCAGAGACCCCCACCUCCUCAACGCCCUUGAACAUUGCAAGGCCUUACCUCUCCACGCCAAACACUGUCGACCACGCUGCCACUGAUGUAUGCCUCCCCUAUCUAUUUCUCAUUUCUCAUUUCUCAUUUCUCAUUUCACUGUUUGUUUCUCACUAGUUCACCAUUCCGCUCUCAAUGGAUUUCUUUUCAUCCUCACCCUUCCUCAAACAUGUUUACUUUCUCCUA